AUGGGUUUUCUGUUGCUUGUGUCCCUAGGUUUACUAUCACUUGCGUCCAUUGGAUAUCUGGCUCUUGCAACCAUUGGUACUCGGUGCAACCCUGUCAUUGGUUUUGUGGCUCUUCCUAUAGUUGAUAUUCAGUCCCUUGCGUCCAUUGGUUCUAUGGCUCUUACUACCAUUGAUGUUCGGUCUGUUGUGUCCAUUAGUUGUCUGACUACUGCUGCCAUUGAUGUUCGGUCUGUUGUGUCCAUUGGUUGUCUGGCUACUGCUGCCAUUGAUGUUCAGUCUGUUGUGUCCAUUGGUUGUCUGGUUGUUGCUACCAUUGUUGUUCGGUAUGUUUCUUCCACUGGUUCUCUGGCUCAUGUUGCCAUUGUUUUUCGGUCGCUUGCGUCGGUUCCUCUUCUGUCGCUUUUGUCCCACUUCCUGAUGCCCCAGUACAUUUUUUACUUUUACUUUGGUUCUUUGGAAUGA